UCUCUUUCUCUCUCUCUCUCUCUCUAUGGCACAUAGGUUACCCGUCCACUCCAGAGACAGAUACUGUCUCUCCUCUUUCUUUCUCCUUUAUUCAUUCAGUGCUAUACAGAAGUGUUAUCAGGAGGCGCAUGGUGAUCGUUAAACGUUAGGAUUGCGGACAGUGCCGAUGAUGAUGGAGGGGCAGUGCAGUCGCUGUAAGAUCGUUGUGGUCGGUGACACGCAGUGUGGAAAGACGUCGCUGCUGCAUGUGUUUGCCAAGGACAACUAUCCAGAGAGUUACGUGCCAACUGUGUUUGAGAACUACACGGCAAGCUUUGAGAUUGAUAAACACCGCAUUGAGUUGAACAUGUGGGACACAUCAGGUUCCUCCUAUUAUGAUAAUGUGCGACCCCUGGCAUAUCCAGACUGUGAUGCUGUGCUCAUCUGUUUUGAUAUCAGCAGGCCAGAGACCCUGGACAGCAUUCCUAAAAAGUGGCAGCUAGAAGCUCAAGAAUACUGUCCUAGUGCAAAGCUGGUGUUGGUCGGCUGUAAGCUGGAUAUGAGGACAGAUGUCAACACUUUACGAGAACUGUCCAAACAGCGGCUCAUACCUGUCACACAUGAACAGGGGAGCCUACGUGCACGUGAGCUGGGCGCUGUUGCCUAUGUGGAAUGUUCUUCCCGUAUGUGCGUCAACAGCGUGCGAGAUGUCUUUCACAUCACCACGCUUGUGUCAGUCAGACGUGGCCCCACCCCAAGUCUCAAGAGAAGCACCUCACGACGCACCGUCAAACGCAUGUCAAAUCAGUCACUACUGCCAGUCACCUCGCAAGCCACGCCCCUCGAACCCAGCCCUGCCCUUAGGGAGGACAGAACCAAGAGCUGCACAAUCAUGUAGACCAAAAUACGAAAAUGCACGCAUUAAUGGACAUCUGCACAUGCACACACAGUGACAGUGUUUUGUUUGAUUUAAGACAUGUGCAGAAGAUUUUAUGUAUUUAUGGGACAUUGAGGGUCAUAUGUGACCCAUAAGACUGUACAGUUGUGUGAAUAAAUUAUAAAGAAGACUUCUAUUUAUUAACUUUAAUGUUAUUUUUAUGGUUAUGGUGUUAUUUAGCAGAGCUCAGUGUCACAAAGUGUGUCACCCAAAGCAAAAAAAGAAUAAAAAAAUAAAGAUUUGAUUUUUUUGGCUUG